AUGAGCAAGGAUGCAGGCCAGGGGGCGAGCUCGAGUGCGUGGUGCACAACGCUCCCGAACAAGGGCGAGGCGCGAGUGCAUGAUACGAAUGCGAGUGCCGAGUUCGAGCUUGAGUGCGGGGUGCGAGCGCUAGUGUACAGACUAGGUCAACAAGAAUUCUUACUUGAUACCUUGCACCAGCAUCCUUUGCGUCUUGACUUGUUGGAUAACCUUAAGAAGGUUAAUCUUAGCAUUGCUGAUACUUCUGCCUCUCUUGUUAGCUGGGUGAUUCAAAGAGCAAAGGUUAAAUGGCUUCAACAUGGUGAAGAGGAUUUGAAUUUCUUAUAUGGCAAGAUUAGAUGUAGACAGGGGAAGUCUAAAUCCUUAACUAAUCUUUUCUCUUGCAAUCCUACUCUUUCUAGAGAUGAUGUUAUUAAUUAUAUUGUGCAGUACUUUCAAACUCUUUCUAAUCCUUCUCCUAUUGCCCCGGGGAAGUAUGUUCUGCCUGUAGGUGAUUCUCUCUCUGACAACCUUGCAAAUUUGCUUAUUUCUCCUUUUCUGGAGGGGGAAAUCAAAACAGCUGUGAUGAAAGGUUCUUCUAAAUUAGCAUCAGGUCCUGAUGGCUUUAACUAUCAUUUCUACAAAACAGGUUGGCACAUUAUUGGUCCCCUUUUAUGUAAAGAGAUCAAUGCUUUCUUUUCUAAAGGGUAUCUUCCUAGUGGUAUUAAAGCCACUGCUCUCGUCAUUAUUCCUAAAUCUAGCAAUGCCACCACUAUCUCUGAUUAUAGUCCUAUCUCCCUUUGUAAUACUCUUUAUAAAAUUAUUGCUAAAGUGAUAGCUGCUAGACUUAAACCUUUGAUGCCUAUCAUUGUCAAAGAUACUCAAGCAGGUUUUGUGAAGUCUAGAAUUUCUACUGACAGUAUUUUACUUGCUAAGGAGAUUCUCUCUUUGGUUUCCAAGAAAGGUGCCCACAAUAUCUUCUGUGCCAAAAUUGAUAUCAAAAAAGCCUUUGAUUCUGUCUCCAGAGAAUUCUUGCUUGCUAGAUUGCACCAUAAAGGCUUUCCUAAUGAAUUUAUCAACCGGAUUAAAGCUUGUAUCUCUAAUAUUAACUUCUCUGUAGUUAUUGAUGGUGCUUUAGAAGGCUAUUUUACCUCCUCCGCGGGUCUUAGGCAGGGGUGUUCUUUGAGCCCUUAUCUUUUCUGUAUUGUUAUGGAUGCCCUCUCUAAUUUGCUGGAGGAAAGAGGAUUUAAAGGUUUCAAAGCUGAGAAUUUUCAUCUUUCUCACCUUUUGUAUGCGGAUGAUGUCCUUAUUUUUGGAGAAGCAACUGUGGCUAACUGUACUCUACUUUCCAAUAUUCUCAGUGAGUUUGGUGAUGCCUCUGGUCUCAAGGCUGCUCAAAUAAGCUUCAUAUGGUUUCUUGGGACAAUGAUGUACAACAGUUCUUCUUUGCUAGCUUCUUGGUUUAGCUCUAGAUACUUAUCCCCUUGGAAACCCCCACCUCCUUUAGCUAGCAAAUUCUGGGUCAGUAUUUGUAAUACUGCCUUGUUGGUUAAACAUAACUGCAGCUUUAAUGUCUCUUCUUCGGCCCCAAUUGCCUUGCAUUGGGAUCCCUGGAACACUUUAUCUAAAGUUCCUAUUGCUACUGAACCUAUUACCUGUAUCAUCUGGAAGGAUAAAUCCAAGGUUAAAUUUAAGGAUUUUAUGGAGGAAUUUUACAUUGGCUCACAGGACAGCCCUUGGGAAAAUCUUGUUUGGCAUAAAAAUUACAGUCUUAAGCAUUCUGUUUAUGUUUGGCUUGCUCUGGUGGGUGGUUUAAAAACUCAUGAUGCUUUAAGACUUCGUAAUAUCGUUGUCCCUGAGCUAUGUUCUCUGUGUAAUAAUCACCCUGAAUCUGUCAACCACCUUUUUUUCGAGUGUGAUUAUUCUUUUUCUGUGCUUGAAGCCCUCAUUCCUGCUUCUUCUGGGUUUCUGUUUAGACCCACUGUCCUCCAGUUUUUACAAUGGCUUGAUUCGGAAUACUUGGGUACUUCUCUGUACAAGAACUGCUUUAAAUUGGUGGUCUGCUGCACUCUUUAUUAUGUUUGGCGUGAACGUAAUAGCAGGAGAUUUGGGAAUGAUUUUCAUAGUAUUAAUACCCUUAUUGCUUCUAUUAAAAGGGUUAUUAAUAUAAAACUGGGGAAGUGGAAAAAUAGAGACUUGCUUUUGGGGCAUAUCUGA